AUGCUGAUGAAGGCUCCAUAUUCUACAGCCCUGGUGGGCGAUUCGGGAGAACUACGUUGGACAUCCGUGCGAUUAGAGGACACAUCAUUAGUAUGGAAGAUCGUUGCCUUUUGCAAACCGCAUGUCGGGUUUUUGGAUCCCCGUUUCUUAAGGAAGCAUGUCAAAUAUAUCAGUAGUAUUCGGCUCGACCCCUUCGAAGCGUAUCGCGAUGAUAUCUGGGCGCACCCCCAUCUUUCAUCUUGGAUUGGGGCUGGAAAGUCUUCCAUUCUAUUGCUGCAAGGGAACCAUGAUUCUAGAGACCGGUCUAGGAUAUUCGCUGCUGAGCUCGCUGAUCAUAUCGUGGAGAAACAAAAGCCUGUCGCCUACAUGCUUUACAAGCCAACGUUGCCCGGUAGUUGUCAUCCUCCAUUCCCGAUAGAGGAGGCUGAGGUAUUAAGACACUUAGCGAUCCAAGCGCUGCAGACGGUAGCCGAUUGCGGUUCAAUCCAGGUGCUUGCUGAUCUAGUCGAGUGGUUUAGCCAGGCUAAGACAUGUGCAGAUUGGUUCAGAGUUCUUUGCAAUGUCUUCUAUCUGGUAUCCGAGCUGUACGUUAUUAUUGACCUUGGUAUCCACGCGAGUUCUGCGGAUGCUGCUGAGGCAUGGCCUUCUAGAUUCCACGCCAUAUUAAAAGACGUGGGGGACAUUUCACCAGAGACGAUCAUCCGAGUUAUGAUCAUUUCUUACCAUCCUCUGGAUGCGCCUCAAAUCUCAAUCAAUAGCUCAAAAAUUGCUAUCCUGAAGCCUAGCAUGCACCCAGACCUCAUACGAAACCGCUACUGGAAGGAGGCCAGAAUUCCACCAUCAUUGUGGGAGUCUUAUCAACCUCCUAAACCUCGACUAACUGAAAUGAAAGCUCCAAAAAGUCAUCAUGGGAGUUUGGCCCUGGUUGAUACUCAUCCACCAAAUGGUCCGGCGGAUGGAACUUCAGUUAAGAAUAAUCAUAUCGACAUGAGCAUGGCUGUCUCAGUGGCGAAGGACUGCAUGAGCAAACCAUCACAUGCAGGCGAAUUUACAACUGCCAUCUUCUGUGCACUUCCCAUCGAAGCGGAUGCCGUCCUAUCAGUCUUUGAUGUUCAUUGGAAUGAUCAUGACUAUCCUAAAGCACCAGGCGAUAGCAAUUGCUAUUCCGUCGGGGCGAUUGGACAUCACAACGUUGUUCUCGUGCACAUCUCAGGUAUGGGCAAAAGCAAAGCUGCUACAGCAUCGUCUCAAUGUCGUGUGACCUUCACUGGCAUUAAGCUUUCCUUACUCGUUGGCAUCUGCGGUGGAGUACCAGGUGGACCAGAGAGCGAGGGCGAAAGACUCCUUGGAGACGUGGUGAUAAGCGAAGGUGUGGUUCAGUAUGACUUCAGCCCUAGAUUUUUUGAACAUAAACCCAAUAUCCAGCAAAGCCUGUCAAAACUGGAUGCAGCGGUUGGUGGUUUUCUUACCAAAUUAAAAACGGCCAGAUAUGGCUCGUUACUGUUGGAAAACACACACGACUACUUGAAUGCCUUGCAAUCUCAUUCAGACCAAAAAGCACAGUUGCAAUAUACCUACCCAGGUAUUGAGAAUGACUGUCUAUACCAGCCAUUCUACUUGCAUAAGCAUCAUGAAAAGAGCCAAUGCUCUUGGUGGGAAGAUAGUUGCGGAACACUUGAUGGUGUGUGCAAAGCGGCGAUGAACUCAGAUUGCGACUCGUUAGGGUGUGAGAACCAUCAACUAGUACGGCGACGGAGAACGGAAAAUCAUGAUAAACAGAGCCAAGGACACAACCUUGCCAUCCACAUCGGGAAAUUAGCCUCCGGAGAUACAGUGAUGAAAUCUGCAGAAGAACGUGAUAGGGUUGCCCUCAAAGAAAAGAUCAUCGCGUUUGAAAUGGAGGGCGCAGGGCUUUGGGACCAUGGCCCAUGUAUGAUCAUCAAGAGCAUAUGUGACUAUGCGGACUGUCACAAAUCAAAAAGGUGGCAAUCCUAUGCCGCGGCGACUGCUGCCGCAUGUACAAAAGGCAUCCUAGAGCAGUGGAAUUGA